CCCAGAGUAAAACGGCGUCGUUUCGAGGGCGGUACCUCGCAGCGCGGUGUCUCUCUGACCAGAACAGUAGGUCGCCUCCAACUGUCACACCGCACACGAAAUUGAAGAAUCCGAAACUACCGGAUUGAAUCGCAUUAGGGUUUUAGCUUCCCUCCACCACCCAUGUCCACCACCCGUGUCCAACGUCCCUGAUUCAGCAGCUCCACACGCCCUUCCGCAACCGGGUUCGGAUCUCUGGCCCACCCGGAACUGGACCCAUGUGGAGCUCAUGCUCUCACGCUCUCUCCCGAUGCCCCUCACUCCCACCCACCAUCUCCCGCCUCAGGCUCCCAAACCGCCCUGGAACCCUUUAUCCUCUCUCCAGUGGUUUUCGGAUCUCUGAAUCUCAUUCCAAGUUUCCGAAGAGCAAAUGGAAAAUUUCAUGCUUUAGGCAUGAAGAUUCUUCUUCGGAAACUCCCAAGUCCGAAUCUAUAGACGAUAUUCUGUCAGGAGAAUUGGUGAAGCCCGAAUUCAAUAAACCAAGCACUGUCCAAAAGGAUUGGGCUUCAAGUUUCCGAGAGGCUGCUGAUGUAAUCUUAAGAGUGAUCGGGAAGCCAUGGGUUGUUCCGUGGACAUCAGAAACCAUACUCCAGGUUAUGCUCCUCUGGAUUGUAUCAUUCUGGUUUGUGGGAUCAUGGAUGAUCCCAUUCACAGCUCAUGUGGUGGGUUUCAGCAAGGAAUCUCUAACAUACAGAGGGCAAGCACUGUACAGCCUCUUGACAGAUGUAGCUGAAGGCCUUGCAGGAAUUGCAAUUCUCCAUCGCUGUCUCUCUCGGUUUUCUCCCCUCCCAUCUGAUUGGUUCAGGUUCAGCCUGAGAGGGAACUGGCUAGCCGAUGUUGCUAUAGGGUGCCUCAUGUUCCCCCUGGUCAACCGGCUCUCACAGUUCAACCUUGAUCUGUUGCCCCUUCUCCCAUCCACACCCGUUACACUCUCAAGCGUUGAGCAGUCAAUCAUGGCACGGGAUCCAGUGGCGAUGGGGCUGUAUGCACUGGUGGUUUCAGUGUGUGCCCCAGUAUGGGAGGAGAUCGUCUUUCGGGGUUUCCUCCUCCCAUCCUUGACCAAAUACAUGCCCGUAUGGUGCUCAAUCCUGGUGAGUUCGGUUGCGUUUGCUCUAGCACACUUCAAUGUACAGAGAAUGCUACCACUUAUAUUUCUCGGGGUGGUGAUGGGUGUCAUAUUUGCACGGUCAAGGAACCUGUUGCCAUCAAUGCUGUUGCACAGCCUCUGGAAUGGCUUUGUUUUCUUAGAUUUGAUGAAGUAACGCUAUUAUUUAGCUUUGUAUUUUAUGUACACUGAUUGAUUGAUCUCAUCUAAAUGAAGCAUAGAAUGUGGCCAAUUUUUA